CCGGGAACAUCGAGGAACAGAUACUUGUACUCGUAUUUCGAUUCCCCAGGUCUCUUUGUCAGGUGAGCAUUGACAACUCCCUUGCCGACGGUGCCCUCAACCUGCGACUCGUACGUGAGUGAUAUGUUUGAUCCCCGAUUAGACAAUAACAUACGUUAAAGUGCAUGAUUAAAUGUUCUGUGCCAUGCUUGUCUUUACGAGUUCUCGAACUGCCCAAUGGAUCCGUUAGCACUUGAUUCAAUAUGUGCACCAUACGUCCCUCACCCUCUCACCCCCUCGGAAGACAGAAAAAAGACGGAGGAACAUACGCAAUUGGCCUGUUCCGGGACCAACGGUUUGAUGUGGGUUCCCCGUACGCCUUAAUCCUAUCCCCCAGUAGCUUGGUACAGCGUGAAUCUGCCUUGAUUCUGUUGUGGACAUUGUUGAACCAAUUUGGAACAGAAUUAGGUGCAAAGACUUCGGUAUAGAGUAUCGCCAGGAUGGCUCCCUGCGUAUUCGGAUCAGUAUUCAAAAGCUAGAUCAUAAUCUAUCCCGGCACUUAGUUUCUUUGCUCACAGUUAAGACCGCCCCAACGACAAUUGUUGCGAAGUUUGCCCCCGUGCUUGCUGUUCGUGCAAUUUUUUGGCCCUUCGAAAGCUUCUCCCAUUUCUUGCUCGAUGCACUAUUAGGAGUUAUCGCUAUUUUGUGCUUUUGUAAAUCUGCUCCUAUGCCACUGAAUGGCCGACGAUUAACGUGGUUUGGCGAGCCUGAAGCGCGGAUUGCUCGUAUACAUGAGCGCAAAGUGAUUAGGCGAGCUGGAGUUGGUAACUGGACCGACAUUACAGGAGAUAUUGUGACGAUGUGAUGAUGGCUAGCAGGAUAGCGGGGAGCGUUGACGAGCGGUAUCGUGGGUGGGUCAUGGAGGUGGGGGGGGUUUUCCUUUCCGGAGGAUCUCUUAGAAAAGGAAGCUUAGCACCGAACUCAGGCCCGGGUUCCAAAAUAGCCGCUCUCUUUAACCCCUCUCGGAGCUGCUAUUUCCUCGCGGAGGAGAUGGGUGCUCGGGCUGAGUCAUCAUUGAGGGAUGGGAGAGGCCAGAUCUAGGCGAUCACCACAACAAUCCUUUCUUUCUUCCUAUCUCCCCUCACCCGCAUUUUUGUCUCCCCCUUUAUCUCUUUUGUCCUGGUUCGAUUAUACUCCGGCAUCUACUUCUACAAUCACCAUGAGUUUGGCGUCUAAAACCGAGGGCCAAAAAAUAUUUGAGAAGCUCAAAUCAAACCGUGCUAAUAAGGUAGGAAUUCCCGGCUGAGACAAAAAUGGAGUUCUGUUACCUUGCACAAAGCGCGAUAUCCACUGAUAGUAAUGAUAAUGUAUAGGUAUGCUUCGAUUGUGGCUCCAAGAAUCCAACUUGGUCUUCCGUUCCAUUCGGGAUCUACCUCUGUCUCGACUGUAGCGCUCACCACCGUAACCUUGGUGUGCAUAUAUCUUUUGUCCGUUCUACGGUUCUUGAUCGUGCGUUUACAGAUGCUCAAUAGGAUUCGGGUUAUGUGGAUCACGUGCUGAUUGGAAUGUAGAAUGGCAAUGGGAUCAACUGAGGCUCAUGAAAGUCGGUGGUAACGAAUCUGCGACCAAGUAUUUCCAGAGCCAUGGCGGGUCUGCAGCGCUGGCAUCCAAGGAUCCUAAAGCUAAAUACGAGUCCAGUACAGCCGCCAAGUACAAAGAAGAGCUUAAAAAACGUGCGGCUGCAGAUGCACAACUGUGAGUGCCCUUCCCACAGGCCCUUAUUGCCUGUUCGUAGGCUCAUGUGCGCAACAGAUAUCCCGGAGAAGUAGUUGUUGAGGGUGGCGAAGAAGCUGCUGCUGCCCCUGUUGAGGCUGAGGAAGAUUUCUUUUCUUCCUGGGAUAAGCCUUCCAUCAAACGUCCAACACCCCCACCGUCUCGAACUGCUACCCCACCGGUGAUCGGCAGGACUGGAACUCCUUCAAAUGGCAGCGGUAUUUCACGAGCAAAGUCCCCCCUCGCUUCUCCUCCUCCUGAAGCUGCGCCGGCUGCUUCUCGUACCACGACCUCCUCUGCCCUGCGAACAAAGGCCGGUGCAGCGUCGGUGAGUGGGGCACGAAGGGCUGGGGUAUUAGGGGCUAAGAAAGGGCAAAAGCUUGGGGCUAAGAAGGCUACCGGUGGGGAUGUAAUUGAUUUUGACGAGGCUGAGAAAAAGGCAAAGGAAGAGGCGGAACGAGUUGCAAAGUUAGGUUAUGAUCCGGAAAUGGAACAGCCAAGCAAGAAAGAGACAACGGGAAAGAUCGUGAGCCCUACCCCAACAUCGCCUGUGCAUGCUAGGAAGAGUAGCGAUGCGGAGCGAUUGGGGUUGUCAAUGAAUAGGCUAGGAUUUGGACAAGUUGCAGGCGCGGCGGCUGCAAGUGGCCCUGCAAAGAAAAUGGGUGGAUUCGGUUCUGUUGGAUCGAGUUCUAGGGUUGAAGGUAUGGAAUACACCAGUCACUCAUUAGGAAUGGCCUGCGCUAAUAUUUGUAAUAUUUGUAUAGAGGAUGAUCAGAAGUAUGCAAGGGAAAAGUUUGGAACCCAAAAGGCUAUAUCCUCCGACGAAUUCUUUGGCCGUAAUACCUACGAUCCCCAGGCCGUUAGUGAAGCUCGUACCCGUCUUCAAGGGUUUGAGGGUGCAACUGCCAUCUCCAGUAAUCAAUACUUUGGUAGAGAUGAGGAAGAACACGAUGCCGAUACUGCAGGGUAUAGCGAGAUCGAAAUCACUGCAAGGGAUUUUGCCAGGAGGUUCACCGGAACUGCUGGAGAGGAUCUGGAGAAUGCUGCGCAAGCUUUGGGCCAAGCAGCCGCAAAAGCCUCUGAGAUUGUUGGACGAUAUAUGCGAUAAAGGUCGAAUAGUGCUGGUGAAUGUUUGGUUGGCUGGACGCUGAAUGAAGCGGGGUCAACGCGCUAUGAACGGUUGGGUUAUGGUAGGUGGGUUUAAUCUUUCUACAGUCUAAGUUGCUCAGCGUUUCGGGUGAUGCUUGAUGUUUCCAUGGGUCAUGCCUUUCAUGUAGCUGUACUGCCCGUAGCGGUUUUCUUCUUCUCCCAUUAGCUUUUCUCAUGUUGCAGGGCGGUAGACGGUUGGUAUGGGUUGUGGUGGUUUGGGAGAAAUAAAAAUUGUAUUUCAUUUCAGUGCGGUGACCAUGUUAGAGUAGACCGGUUAGCGGGUGUUUGUGAAUUUGGAAUUCGGUCAAUUCCUCUUG